AUGUCCAACAGCAGCUCCAUCAGCCACUUCCUCCUGCUGGCACUGGCAGACACACGGCAGCUGCAGCUCCUGCACUUCUGCCUCUUGCUGGGCAUCUCCCUGGCUGCCCUCCUGGGCAACGGCCUCAUCAUCAGCGCCGUAGCCUGCGACAACCACCUGCACACGCCCAUGUUCUUCUUCCUGCUCAACCUGGCCCUCACUGACCUGGGCUCCAUCUGCACCACUCUCCCCAAAGCCAUGCACAAUUCCCUCUGGGACACCAGGAACAUCUCCUACACUGGAUGUGCUUCUCAGGUCUUUUUUUUGGUUUUCUGUGCUCUAACAGAGUAUUUCCUCCUGACCAUCAUGUGCUACGACCGCUAUGUGUCCAUCUGCAAACCCCUGCACUACGGGAUCCUCCUGGGCAGCAGAGCUUGUGCCCACAUGGCAGCAGCUGCCUGGGCCAGUGGAUUUCUCUAUUCACUGCUGCACACAGCCAAUACAUUUUCCCUGCCUCUGUGCCAUGGCAAUGCCCUGGGCCAGUUCUUCUGUGACAUCCCCCACAUCCUCAAGCUCUCCUGCUCCAAAUCCUACCUCAGGGAAUUUGGGCUUCUUGCUGUUAGUGGUUGUUUGGUAUCUGGCUGUUUUGUGUUCAUUGUUUUCUCCUAUGUGCAGAUCUUCAGGGCUGUGCUGAGGAUCCCCUCUGAGCAGGGACGGCACAAAGCCUUUUCCACCUGCCUCCCUCACCUGGCUGUGAUCUCCCUAUUCAUCAGCACUGGCACAUUUGCUCACCUGAAGCCCCCCUCCAUGUCCUCCCCAUCCCUGGAUCUGGCCCUGUCAGUUCUGUACUCGGUGGUGCCUCCAGUCCUGAACCCCCUCAUCUACAGCCUGAGGAACCAGGAGCUCAAGGCUGCAGUGUGGAGACUGAUGACAGGAUGCUUUCAGAAACAUUAA